AGCUCCUGCCGGUGUCCCGUUUACAAGUUUAAAGUUUUUACUGUAGGACGGACACGAGUGCUCUUCAUAGACACAUAUUGAUUAUAGGUCGUUUGAAAGAUCCUAUCGCAAGAAUAACUCCGUACGGUGUUACAGAAUUUGGAACAGUCUUGCAAUUAGAGGAUACUGUACUUAAUACACAGUAAAAAAAAAAAAAAAUGUUUUAAGAAUUGUAUGAUAGGCUUAACGUUUUUAUUUUACUAACAGUUUAUUUUCCAGCUGCCUAUUUUAUAAUGCCGCGAAUGAGAUAGGUCGACAAAACAUACUGUCGAAUAUAUAUCGGAUUCGUUGUACUAAUAAGUGUUGACAAUGGUCGGAGUGGAGUGAGCCUUUUCGAGGAUAUUUGGCGCUAUCGGUCUGCUGUUCGGUGGUCCGGUCAUGACUCUCGGUAGUGUCUCCACUACCGGGAGCUCGGCGGAGGGCUGCUUCUGCUCCUGCUGCGGAGAGAAGAUGAUGCCCCACUUCUCCGACAACGGAGUUGUGUCUCAGAACCAGAUCAACCAACUCAUCAGCGAGAGCUUCCUGGCGGUGAAGGGUGCCGCUGUCUUCCUGCCUCGGGGAAAUGGCUCCUCCCCUUCCUUGGCACCCCACACCAGCCAGCUGCGGAACAAACACACAGGUGACCUCCAGCAGCACCUGCAGACCAUGUUCACUGUGCUGCGGACAGAAGACAACAUCCGCCUGGCUGUGCGCCUGGAGAGUGCGUACGCUCAGCCUCAGUGCACUCGUUACAUGGUGGUGGUGUCCACCAAUGGGAGACAGGACACAGAGGAGAGUGUGGUGCUGGGCCUGGACUUUGGCUCUUCAGACAGCUCAUGCACAAUGGGGCUGGUUCUACCCCUGUGGAGCGACACACUGAUCCACUUGGACGGAGAUGGGGGCUUCAGUGUGUCCACGGUCAACAGGGUCCAUGUCUUCAAACCGGUCUCUGUCCAGGCCAUGUGGUCUGCCCUGCAGUCGCUCCACAAGGCGUGCGAGGUGGCCCGCUGUCACAACUACUACCCCGGCAGCCUGUUCCUGACCUGGGUCAGCUACUACCAGAGCCAGGUCUCCUCUGACCAGGUCUGCAUCAACGAGUGGAACGCCAUGCAGGACGUCCAGUCCCACCGCGCCGACUCGCCCGUCCUCUUCACCGACGUGCCCACAGAGAGGGAGCGCACGGAGAGGUUGAUCAAGACUCGCCUCAGAGAGAUCAUGAUGCAGAAAGACCUGGAGAAUGUCACCUCCAAAGAGAUUCGCACAGAGCUGGAGAUGCAGAUGGUGUGUAACCUUCGGGAGUUCAAGGAGUUUAUUGACAACGAGAUGAUCGUCAUCCUGGGUCAGAUGGACAGCCCUACAGAGAUCUUUGACCAUGUUUACCUGGGCUCUGAGUGGAACGCUUCGAACUUGGAGGAGCUGCAGACUAGCGGUGUGAGGUACAUCCUCAACGUGACGCGGGAGAUCGACAACUUCUUCCCAGGCGUGUUUCAGUACCACAACAUCCGCGUGUACGACGAGGAGGCCACCAACCUGCUGGAGUACUGGAACGACACCUACAAGUUCAUCACCAAGGCCAAGAAAGCAGGGGAUAAGUGCCUGGUCCACUGUAAGAUGGGUGUGAGUCGCUCGGCCUCCACGGUGAUCGCUUACGCCAUGAAGGAGUACGGCUGGGACCUGGAGAGGGCCUUCGACUACGUCAAGGAGCGCCGCGGCGUCACCAAGCCCAACCCCUCCUUCAUGAAGCAGCUGGAGGAGUACCAGGGUAUCCUGCUGGCCAGUAAACAGAGGCACAACAAGUUGUGGCGCUCCCACUCGGACAGCGACCUCUCAGAGCGCCACGAGUCUCCCCUGUGUAAGACGGGCCCACACAGCCACACCCGGAGCCUCUCACACCCACACAACAACAACAAUGGACCUACGCCCUCCCUGCAACACUUCCUGCUCCAGGCGCUUGGUGCUGCCAAUGACCCUGACAACAAGACCGAGGGCUCCCACAUCUCAGACACGCAGUCGGAGCCCGUCCGACUCACCCGCUCACUCUCCCACUCCCCUGGCCCACCAGCCUCCAACGGUCUGUGUGACUCCCGGGAGAGCCUCUUUUCUCGAGUGCGAGGACCCCGCCAGGACUCUUUCCUCCCACCGGCGGUCACGGUGGUGCCCGAGGAGAGAACGGACAACUCUGCUCUGGCGGGUGUGGCCGUGACUGUGCCAAUCACCGCCGUCCCCCAUCCUCCCCCUUCACUGCAUAUCCUCCCUCCUUCUCCCUUCCCCCAGCCACUGGCCAAACCCCUCCAUCUAGGUUUGAGCACACAGCUGUCCAGUCCUGUGCCUAAACAGAAAUCCCAGAGUGUAGAGCUGACCCUGGAUCUGCCUGACCUCAUCAGCUCAGAGGUCGUAUCUCAGGCCACCCUGGAGUCCAGCGACGACUCGGACACUUUGGGACGCUCCCUGUCAGACCCGCUGAGCGAGAGGGGGGACAGUGUCAGUAUGAUGUCCCCAGAGGGGAUCCCCAUGGCCGUGAGCCCUCUCACCCCAACAACGCCUCUGUCUUUAGGAUCCUACGCCAACGAUGACAACAACAACCCCAGCGGCGACACAGACACUAUCCUCGCUAACCCCGUCGGCGCCACAUGCGUCACCGCAUCCUCCGACCUCGGCACGGACAGCAUCGACUUCUUCAGCGCCCGGGAGAAAUUCCUGGGCCUGUCCCAAGACAGAAAGACCCGGACUCUUUCCGAGCAGAUGGCUCAGCGAACGCCUCAGUCGCGGUGCCCCAGCCAGGAGCUGCAGCCGCUGUCCCCCGAGAACCCUGCCGGAGCACUGCCACUACUGCCAAGCACAGAGAAAGAGGAGCAGGGAAAGAGUUCCCCCCAUACGGAGGACAGUAGCGACCGAGCCAGUCACGAAAAAGCCUCGUCGCCUCCCCAUCAUGACAACAGUGUGUCAGUCCGCCAUAUUGUCACGGAGAUAGAGUCCAUAUCCCACCCGCUGGCGGCGGCGCCCCUCUCCUCUAUCCAGCCGGCCCCCCGCAGCCCCCAGCAGCUGCGCCCAGACGACCGGGACGAGGAGACCCCAUUGACCUCGCCCUCCUCCUACCCACAAUCCCCCUCCACGCCUCCCUCGGAUUGGCCGGCCGGCUCGGUGCGCAGGGCCACCAAACAGCUGGAGCAGAGGCUGAGGCAGGAGCUGGACUUAACUCUCAGCAACAUGUCUACCCAACGCUCCCCUCUCCACUCCCCCAGUGCAGAGUUCCACCCCACGGGCUCCCCUCUCCAUACGCCAAGCACGGACUGCCCACCCCUCCUCGCUCCUACCACAGACUGCCCCGAGCAGCGUAGGCCUACCCCUGCUCCUGAGCAAGGAAGAACUCUGAACAAGGCUUUCACUGUGUCUGCAGAGCCCAAAGGAGAGACAGAGCAGGGAGGGUUUGUCGUCUCAGACAUGGACGUUGCCCCAGCCCUUUCCUUCUCUCACUACCCAGAUGCCCGCCACACCCCUAAGCCCAUCCCAAUCAUCGUGCGCUCUUCACUAGAGCCAUCUAGAGUUCAGCCCCAGGCCCCCCCUGCACUGCUGCGGCUGGAGGGGGUGACGGCCCUUGACUCAGACACGGAUGGCCCCUCCCCUCCCCACCACGGAAGGCUGGCCCUGGCACGCAGCAGUGAGGAGCUGGAGAAGAUCCAGGAGACUCUGAGGGAGCUGCAGGCCUUCCUGUACGAGGCGGGGGGGCUGGGGGCUGGAGAGAGACCUGGUCAGGGGCAGCGUCACAGGGAGACUCCCGUGUGGCAGAGGGCCAUGGAGAUCGAGGCGCGGAUCCGCCAGGCGGGCCUCACGCCCCCCUCUUUGAUGAAGCGCUCAGCCUCGCUGGCCAAGCUGGACUGCCUGGAGCUGUCAGCCAAUGACCUGAGUGACUGGGACCUACGGCCCACAACCGCCAGCCCUCACGGAUCCCCAUUGAUGCCCACCCGUCACCCCCGCUCCCACCAUCACCCCAGCCCAGACGAUGUCUCCAAGAAGCAGCGGGUGUUGUCACGGAGCCCCCCCACCACCCCCAGGGCCCCCAUAGGGGGGGUGUACCCACUGGACUCAGACAGGACUGAUAGGGGCUCCCAGAGUGCAGGGAGUGAUCCACCAUGUCUCUCCUCACCUCCAUGUCUUGUUCUUCAGGGGGAGGAGGAGCUAGAGACAGGCCUCUCCCCCCGGCUCACCCGCACCCAGUCCCCGGCGAACGCUCCCGACGUCACUAUAACAACCACGCAGCAGCAGCCCCGCGGGAAGAGUCACCCGCUGCGGCGGCUCCGCAAGGUUGCCGACAAGAAACGGACUGCCACUGUUCUCUACCACACCAUGUGACCUCACUGCACUCGGCCCGAGGGUGUCUGAGUGUGUAUGCGUGCGAGUGUGUGUGUGUGUGGUGUCCUAGGCCCUACAUGUGCAUUAUGGUCCAGACUGUCCCCAUUGGGCCUUGUCUGUAAUGUGUGUGUGUGCACUGACUAGCUGUGUUGGACUCUGUAAUCUGUUAGUGUUCAGGUGAGUGCUGACUCUGGAGGUUUGUGUUACUGUAGGUGCUUACCCCCCCCUUUUUAUGGUUUCUAAAACAGUUGUAAUUUCUACAACUAAAAAGAGGGGGCUGUUUCUCAAAAAACAUGCACUUUACUCUCUUGUUUUUACCUUUUAUUUUAAAUUCAUUUUUGAUUAUUUUCCAGGGUAGUGUUUUUGCACUGAUUCUAUGGUAGCCUGUCUGUAAGUCACAUCUUUUUAUUCUUUUCAAGACAACUUUGAUCUUUUUUUAUCCUGUUCUUAGCUGUGACUAUUAAAGAAACAAAAGUACGUA